UUUCUCCCGGACACCGAAGCAGAGCAAGUUGGAUUGAAGAAAUUGGAAACCCUACAUUUUCUGUUUCUUCCGCCAUGUGUUAGUCCCCAACUGAACUUCUCCCUAGCCUCUCAUAGUCUCAUACAUUUUCUUUCACGAUUCAAUUCUCACCUACUUUUUCUUUUUCACUCACUCACAGAGUUAGGGAUUAGUUCACUCUUUCUGAGCUAGGGUUUGUUUAUUGUGGUAAUGUGCAUAAAUGGAAGAGACGGGUGUGGUAAAGGAAGAGAACCGUUCUUAUCUUGCUGUUCGUCUUUUAAGAGUGACGGUGGUGGUUUUCACUUGAUCUCUGUUCAUCCCGAUGAGCUCAGAUUUCCAUUUGAACUGAAAAAGGAAAGCUUUUGUGAUCUAAAAGUUGUCAAUAAUACAGAACACCAUGUAGCUUUCAAGGUUAAAACCAGUGCACCUAUGAAGUUCUUUGUACGGCCCAAUAUGGGGGUUAUAAAGGCUCAGGACUCAUGUAUCAUCAGAGUCAACCUCCGUGGCCAACGAAAAUAUCCUCCAAAUAUGGAGUGCAAAGAUAAGUUUCUCCUACAGAGCACAAUAGUGCCUCCAAAUUCUGAUUUUGAUGAGCUUCCAAAAUAUACCUUCACCGAGGGAAUCGGAAGGACAAUAGAGGAAUGCAAGUUUAGGGUUGUGUAUAUCUAUCCGGGUGCAGUUCACCUACAGAAUUCUUUGCAGCGCCUGAAGGAAGAAAGAGAUUCAGCUGUUAAACAAACACAGAUACUUCAAGAGGAACUGGAUAUCCUGAAGAGGCAAAGAUCUCGGAAAGGGUUUGGACAAAGAUUCAGAUCUUGGUGGUCGUCCAUCAUGAGUGCCGGUUGUGGUAAUCAUAUGAUCUCUGUUCAUACCAAUGAGCUCAAUUAAGUACCGGAAAUGUAGUCACUUAAUUAUACACACGGUAUCAAAUCCAAGGAUAUACGGAAGAUGCCAAGAUAUGAGAGUUAAAAGGUAACCCGGCCCGGGCUUAAUUUCUACUCACCCUUAAUUUGGAAUCUGUUGAAGGAAAAUCAAGUUUAGUGUGCCUUAUCAAACUAGGAAUAGGAAUAGGAGAGAAGGUUCUAGAUUUCCCAAUCCUACACGGA